UUCUGUGUGCCUCUACUACACACUGGCGCACGCGGAGCAGCAGUCAGCGCGAGAGCCCGUGCUCUGUACACACAGCAGCAGCAGUCUGUGCGCACCUCUCAACACACGCUUCUCCUUCAAAGUGACAAGAAACUCUUCACGUCGUUACAUUUGACGUUUGGAUAAAACGAGCACCGGUUUAUCAGCACGGUGUUUUCUGGCCCGUUGGACUUCACUGCGAUAUUUUUAGUGCGUGGACAUUUAUGGGAGCUUUUCGUUUCAUAACGAGCUCCUGCCAGGCUCUGUUAGUUUCUCCAUCUGACUUUGUAUGCGCAAAGAGCCUCUUCUACACUGGACACUACUACAGAUGACUCUGAUACGUCACAAUGAGCGGAAGGUGACCUGUAAGCAUCCUGUCUCCAGCCUACCCUCCCAAGACAACUGCAUCUUUGUCGUCAACGAACAAUCUGCCCCAAAAGUGUCGGCGAAUGAGAAAAAGGAACGGCCGCUUAGCACCAUGAGUGAGGCCUCCAACUACACAGGCGGCUCGGACUAUGCCACCAACCCCAACAGCCCAGCAGGACGAGUGAGUGACACAGAUGGAGACAGGAUUAACACGCAUCCCUCGAGACCCUCUAAAAAAGUUCAUAACUUUGGGAAAAGAUCCAACUCCAUCAGGAGGAAUCCCGGCGCCCCGGUUAUCAAGAGAAACUGGCUUUAUAAACAGGACAGUACAGGGAUGAAGCUGUGGAAAAAGAGGUGGUUUGUGCUGUCAGACCUCUGCCUGUUUUACUACAGAGAUGAAAAAGAGGAGGGGAUACUUGGCAGCAUCCUCCUACCAAGCUUUCAUAUAUCCAUGCUGUCUGUGGAUGAUCACAUUAACAGAAAAUAUGCCUUCAAGGCAACACAUCCCAACAUGAGGACGUACUAUUUUUGCAGUGACACAGCCAAAGAGAUGGAGUCGUGGAUGAAAGUAAUGACAGACGCUGCUCUCGUGCAUUCAGAGCCGGUCAAAAGGCUGGACAGGCUAAAAGUAGAGCAGUGUGGACCACAAGAGAUCAAUCACGUGGCCAACAACAGGCCGCCACUCACUCAGCCUGAAAUCCAGAACAACGAACGCAACCGUGAGGCAGACCAUGAGCACACAGCAGCAGUCACAUCCUCCACAGCAGAAGAAGAGAGGAAGCAGCGAGACGCAGAGCGCUACGGCUUCCAGAAGGACGGCGCAGAGCGCGAGCGUCCGCUCACGAAGAUCAACAGCAUCAAACUGCAGCCGGCACAGGCAGCUGCUGUCAAGGCGAACAUCGCCUCACCACAGACUCCUGCAGAAAUGGAUGGGCUACAACGCAGCCCACGGGUCAAUGGAUCUGGUGAGCCGUGUCCAACCAAUGGCACUGGAGCUCCUCCACAGAGUCCCACCCAGGAGCCCGAUCGUAGCCUAAGCAGGACCAACUCUAUGCUGCAACUGGAGCAGUGGGUCCGCACACAAAGAGGACGAAACCAGGACGACGACACAAGAAGCAUAACAUCAUACCAGACGCUGCCUAGAAACAUGCCAAGCCAUCGGGUUCCCUAUAUGCCUCAUUAUGGCGAUGGCUACUGCAGUAUGCCUAGGAAUAGCAUGGCUCAGCGGGACAGCAUCUGCAGCAUAUCUCCAUCCUUGUAUGACCAGGCCCUUGGUCCCUCAGCGGCCGACAAGCGCCGCUCCAUGCGUGACGACACCAUGUGGCAGCUCUUUGAGUGGCAGCAGAGGCAAGCCUACAGCAGGCAGUCGGGGCUCUACAGCAACAUGGCUAGCCCAAAAACCAUGAUCAACCUGUCAGAGCAUGCUGCACCCAGCCACUCCAUCCCCCCAUCACCCUCACACGGCUCUCUCUCAAUGUACGGGGGCUACUCGCCAAUGAGAUCCUACAAUAUGAGCAGUGCUCGUUCGGAGCUGUCCUCGCCUAUCUACAGGAGAGAUAUGAGCAUGGACAGGAGGCAGAGGCCACAACCAAACAAGCAGUAUGGCUACCCACCUGACAGGAGGUCUAUGCCUGCUGGAAUCCCAGUCCAGACUAUCACUGCUCAGUCUCUCCAAGGAAAAACACUGAGUCCAGAAGACUACAGUCAACACGCCUAUACAUGCAUGCCAGAGGAGGUGGACAUUGAUACCAAACUGAGCCGGCUGUGUGAGCAGGAUAAACUGGUGAGGACGCAGGAGGAAAAACUUCAGCAGCUGUACAGAGAGAAGCACACCCUGGAGACUGCCCUUCUGUCAGCCAGCCAGGAGAUAGAGAUGGGCUGUGAUAACCCUGCUGCCAUGCAGAGCGUCAUCCAGCAGAGAGAUCUACUGCAGAGCGGCCUGCUCAGCACCUGCAGAGAGCUUUCUAGAGUCACAGCCGAGCUGGAGCGCUCAUGGAGGGAGUAUGACAAGUUGGAAGGAGAUGUGACUCUGGCUAAAAACAACCUACUGGAGCAGCUCGAGGCACUGGGAAGCCCUCAGACCGAGCCUCCAAGCCAGCAACACGUCCGCAUCCAGAAAGAACUGUGGGGGAUUCAAGAUGUGAUGGAGGCACUCAGUAAACAUAAAGCUCAGAGAAAUGCCAUUGACGGUGCGAAUUAUUACGGGUCCAAGAACAACUUCAGCAAGCACAAAAAUGAGGGCCCAGACUACAGACUCUACAAGAGUGAACCCGAGCUCACAACAGUGACUGAAGUGGAUGAGAGCAACGGAGAGGACCGUUCUGAACAUCCAUCUGAGAGAGAACAUUCUGGAAACAAAGGGAUGUCCUACCCAGUUGGUAUUGUCCCACCCAGAACCAAAUCUCCAGUGCCUGACUCAUCCUCUAUAGCUUCAUAUGUUACCUUAAGAAAGGGCAAGAGGCCUGAUCCAAGGACGGAGCGUCCACGCAGCGCGGUGGAGCAGCAGCUGUGUGCGGCAGAGAGCGGCCGGCACAGGAUGAGCGUGGAGGAGCAGCUGGAAAGAAUCAGGCGCCACCAGCAGGGUGCCCUCAGGGAGAAGAAGAAGGGCCUUAGCAUCCGUGGUGGCAGCCAGGAGAAUACACCUUCUCGCAGUCACUCUUUUAAUAAAGAAAACAGCUUGAGAAGCAUGCAGUCACAAAUGAAGCGCAGAGAUGAGGUGGUCAGCAGUGACAUUCAGGAGCUGGAAGCUUCGCUCAGGCAGCAGGAGUUGGUGAGGGAGCAGGAGACGCCUGCAGAGGAGAUCGCUCGUCUUAAAGAAGCAUCACAGUCUGAUGUCUUAAAUAUGGACCGAGAGCUUGCAGUGCCUGAUAAAGUUUUGAUUCCUGAGCGUUAUGUGGAGUCAGACCCAGAGGAAGCUCUCAGCCCUGAACAGGAGGCUGAUAAGCAGAGGAAAGUUGACCGAAUCAAAGCUCUUAUAGCAAAAAACAGCAUGCAGAAUGUUGUUCCUAGUAUGGCUCUCAGCCCUGAGGAGGAUACCGUGGACGAGGUCACUGUACAGGAGAAGGAGAAGAUGAUUAAUAUCUCCUAUGAGCUGGCAGCAGAGGCCUCCAAACGCAGCAAGCUGGUAGCAGUGAAAAGCCUGUCGUCCUCUCCCCCACCCCUUCCACAGUCUCCUAACACCCCCCCUCAACUCACUGAUGGGUCUCACUUCAUGUGUGUGUAGUAGCACCACACAAGCUCUGGCCUCAGUGAAAACCUACACAUGAAGGAAGCAGCGUUGGAGGUGUAAAGAUGCCUCAGGAGACUUUCACAAGAACAUCAUCAGCACAAGGCUACGGCUUACAGAGACUAACUGCCACCUUUGAACUCCGGGGUCUCAGCCACUGACUUCUGUAUGCUCACUGUGACGUCUUAAUCUCUUAUGCCACCAAAAAAAAAAAAAAAACUGUGUGUGACAUUUCUCUGUUUUUGGGCACCACACUUUUCUCAACCUGGUGAGGCAAUACAGCUCUGAUACUGUUAUUGUUGCAGUUCCAUUUUCAGUUUUUACAUUUGGCUUUUAAGGUCAUUUUGAUUAUUUAUAUGGUUUUAUUAGGUUCUUGUUUGAAUAUGGGCCAACUGUAUAUAGAAAGGAGGCUAACAGACUGAACUAAAGUUACAGGCUCUUAUUUCCCAAAGAACGUAAGAACUGCUUUUUACAUUUUUAUUUCACUUCAGUCUUUUUCAGAGUCACCUGUUUUGUUUUCCAGAUAUCUUUCACUGACUAGCCAUUCAUAUUUAUCUACUGUAAAAAACAUUUGUCUAUUGGAAAGAUGCAUAAAUAAGAGAUAUAGAUCCCUCUAUUAUAAUGAAAGGAGGAGACACUAUUGCUGCAGAUUGAUCAGAAGAUAUAUGUCAUUUCUCCUCUUCCUCAGUUGUAAUUAUUUAAAAAAGGAUCUUCUACAGUCCCUGUCGCAUUGUUGCUGACACAUAUGUGAAUGUUUAGGCUUCGGUCCCACUAUACUGUCUUUUUUCAUUGAUGAGAAUUAUAUUUAAACAGAGAGAAGGAAAACUAAGAAGAGUUUGAUUCUAUUUUAUGACAUGUUGAAGUCUUUGAACUAAAAUGGCAAAGAUUAGCACAUGUAAAAAGCAAUAAAAUUCAAAUGUUUGUGGUUCCAGGAUUAAUAUUUUUUUUCCUUUGUGUAAAAAGUGUAAUUAUCAGAGGUUUACUGUGUAUAUAGUGUACAUGGUAUAGCAGAAUGGGAAUAUGUAUCCAUCUUAUGGUUACAUACUAGAUUUGAUUUGCAAAUGUUCAUAUUCCAUCUGUUUUAUAUCAUGUUAAAUAAAUGUUGCUG